AUCUACAGAGUCUACUGAAGCAGAAGAGCAAGCAGCUUGAAGAAAACACUACACAACUGAGGGCUGUAGAUGCCAAAAAUGCAGAACAGAUUCUGAAGAUCAUUGAACUACAGAAACAAAUGAAUGAGAUACAGAUUGAAGCUUCAAAAGGCAAAGAUGAAACUGCAUCAGAAAUCUCUGCGCUUCAGGAACAACUGGAGGCCAGAGAGGAAGAGAGCGCCAGAUGUCAGGCCCAGAACAAAGACCUGGAGAAGAGGCUGGGCGAUAAGGAUGCACAGUGCUCUGGACUCCAGGACCGAUAUGACAAUCUGCAAGAUAAGCUUGGUUCUGAAAUGAAUAAACUGGACAAUGUAACUGGGUACAACGACAAACUUGUUCUUGAGGUAUGGACCUUGACUAAUGAGGUAGACGAUCUAAAGAAGAGAACUGCGACUUCUGCAACUAAGAUCAAUGAGCUCCAAAAGUUGCUGGAUGAGAAGAUCAAAGAACUGGCAAAGAAAACACAGGAACUGGAGGAUAACGCUCCUCAACCAGAGAAUGUUCUAAGGAUCAUUGCAAUACAGAAUGAGAUCUUGAACCUGCAGAAAGGAGUUAGCAAUGGGACAAACUUUGACCAGAUUGCUGCACUUGAGAAUGAACUGGAUGCAUUGAUUGCCACAAUCGAGGAGAAGAACGUAGCAACUGUAGA